AAGGUUUAUAAUAAAUCAACAGCUAGAAAGGAAACAAGCCACAAACCAAACACUGCGUCUCCACUUCACUCUGUCAUUUAAAGGAAUGGAGCACAGUUCUGUCCUUGUGGAAGUCCUGAUCUUCCUCAUGAUGACUUUUCCUCAGGCAUCUGCAGUCACACACUCUCUGCAGUAUUUCUACACUGCAGUUACACCAGGAAUACAUUUCCCAGAGUUUACUGCCAUUGGUCAGGUGGAUGGAGGACAGAUUGUGUACUAUGACAGUAACAUCAGGAAGAUGAUCCCAAAGACCGAGUGGAUACAGAAGAAUGAGGGAGAAGAUUACUGGAACAGUGAGACACAAAAACUACAGGGUUCUCAGGAGACCUUUAAAAUCAAUACGGCUACAGCGAUACAGCGCUUUAAUCAGACUGGAGGAGUUCACACAGUGCAGCUGAUGUACGGCUGUGAGCUAGAUGAUGAUGGGACUGUUAGAGGAUACAGCCAGUACGGUUAUGAUGGAGAAGAUUUCAUCAGUUUUGAUCUGAAAACUCGCACAUGGAUCGCUCCAACACCUCAAGCUCUGAUCACCAAGAACAAGUGGGAUUAUAAUACUGUUAUGACUGGCAACCUGAAGAGAUACCUGGAGAACACCUGUAUCGAUUGGUUAGAGAAGUAUGUGUCUUAUGGCAGAGAGACUCUGGAGAGGAAAGAUCCUCCUACAGCAUCAGUGAUCCAGAAACACUCGCCUUCUCCAGAGGUGGUGUGUCACGCUACAGGUUUCUUCCCCAAAGAGGUGAUGAUCUCCUGGAGGAAGGACGGAGAGGACGUGAACGAGGACGUGGAGCUCAGAGAGACGUUACCCAACCAGGAUGGAAGCUUCCAGAAGAGAAGCAUUCUGAAAGUCCCAGCUGAGGAUCUGCAGAAACACACCUACACCUGCGUGAUUCAGCACAGCAGCUUGAAGGAGGAGUUAGUGCUAGAAGUACCAAAAGGAUUAGACUUUUCUUUUGUGUUCUUCACACUGCUUGUGGGGUUUGGUUUUGUGAUCUUUCUCAUUGUCCUGAUUCUCAUCAUACAGCAGGAAAUAAGAUCCAGAAGUCUAAAUGAAGAAGUUAAUCAGAUCCUGAAGAGGAGAGGAAAUGAUGAUGAUGAUGAAAUGGAUUGUUCCUAUGUUGUGUAUUCCUUUGUCAGUCAGUGAGGCAGCAGAGUCGGGGUAAUGUGUCUGUAUCAUGUCACACACUGUUUAUAAAUGAUUAUUAACCCUGAAACAGAUGUUUCCGAUGUUCUGCAGCUAGAGGAUUUAGAACAUGUCGAACACCACAUUAAGAGAAUAUAGUAUUAUUUCAGAAUUGCUUCUGGGUUUUUAUUUUUUAUAUUUUUUUUAUAAUAAAAUCUUUAGGUAGAAUCUGUAUUUUAAGAAAAUGAGAAAAUAAUAGCUUUUUAAAAACUCUGGCAAUUAAACUGCUUCUUGUGUCAAUGACUAAUGCUGCAAUUGUGUGAAAAUCGUUAUCUCUCUGUCACAUGAAGUACAUUUCAUUUAUAGUCUUGUCAAUAAAUAUUUUUUAAUUCUGCCAUUCUAAGUAGUAAAUAUUU